AUGGCCCUCGCUCAUGGAGCUAGCUUGAGUGAUAUCUGUACUUCCAGCUACGCCAAAUCUGCUUUCCCAGCCACCAACUUCAUCGCCGGAAUUACUCUUGACCCUGCGUCCAUCACCACAGCCCUCGUCACCAACAGCUCUGUCACGAGUGACUUCUACCCCUCGUCCGUCAUCGACUACUGCAAUGUCACCUUUGCGUACUCUCACAAUGGCCGCAAUGACCAAGUGUACCUUCAAAUCUGGUUGCCAGACCCUUCCAACUUCCAGAAUCGGUGGCUUUCCACGGGAGGCGGUGGGUAUGCAAUUAACUCGGGAUCAAAUUCCCUCCCUGGAGGUGUCAUUUACGGCGCUGCAUCUGGUCUGACAGAUGGAGGAUUCGGGUCCUUUGACACCAACGCCGAUGCGGCGAUGCUGCUGGCCAACUACACCCUCGACUACGAAACGCUGUACAUGUUCGCAUACAAGGCGCACUGGGAGCUGACCAAGAUCGGCAAGGCAUUUACCAAGAACGUCUACAAUAUGACCGCCAGUGACAAGCUAUACGCGUACUACCAAGGUUGCUCCGAGGGUGGUCGUGAGGGCUGGAGUCAGGUCCAGCGGUACGGAGACGAGUGGGAUGGAGCUGCAAUUGGCGCCCCGGCCUUUCGCUGGAGCUUCCAACAGACCCAGCACCUCUGGAGCAACGUCGUCGAGCAAACCCUCGGCUACUACCCACCACCCUGCGAGCUCGAGAAGAUCGUCAACGCGACCAUCACCGCCUGCGACCCGCUCGACGGCAAGACCGACGGUGUCGUCUCGCGCUCCGACCUCUGCAUGCUCCACUUCAAUAUCAGCAGCCUCAUCGGCGAGCCGUACUCAUGCGCUGCCAGCGCUGGCAGCCACUACACCAGCGCAACACCCGCACAGAACGGGACCGUCUCCGCACAAGGCGUGCAAGUCGCACAAAAAAUCCUCAACGGCACGCACGACUCAGCCGGUAAGCGCGUGUACUUCUCCUACCAGCCGGCCGCGUCAUUCGACGACGCCGCGACGCAGUACAACGCCACGACAGGGCAGUGGGAGCUGAGCAUCGACCAGCUGGGCGGCGAGCACAUCGGGCUGCUGGUGUACGAGAACGGGACAACGCUCGACAGCCUCGCGGGGGUGACCUACGACACCCUCAAAUACUGGAUGAUCUCCGGCCUGCGCGACUACUUCAGCACUCUGCAGACCACCUGGCCCGACCUGACCCCCUUCCACGCCGCCGGUGGCAAGGUCAUUCACUUCCACGGCGAGGCCGACGCCUCCAUUCCGACCGCCUCGUCCGUCCGCUACUGGGAGUCGGUCCGCGAUGUCAUGUACCCGUCUCUCGGCUACAACGAGAGCGCCGCCGCCCUGAACGACUGGUACCGUCUCUUCCUCGUGCCUGGGGCGGCGCACUGCGCGAUCAACGAGGCGAUGCCCAAUGGGCCAUUUCCGAAUAAGAAUCUUGAGGUGCUGAUUGACUGGGUGGAGAGCGGUGUUGUGCCGGUUACGCUGAAUGGCACUGUGCUGCAGGGCGAGAAUCAGGGCCAGGAGCAGAAGAUCUGCGCGUGGCCGCUGCGUCCGCUGUGGAGCGGGGAUGUGAUGCAGUGUGUCUACGAUCAGGCUUCUAUUAAUACUUGGCAUUAUGAUUUGGAUGCUGUGCCGGUGCCUGUUUACUAG